CCUACUGUAGGUCAUUCUCUUGCUGCGUAGAGCAGUGGUUGGUCCAUGUUACUUCUGAAAGGAUUUUUGGCAAGAAGCAACUUUUCCUCGUUGAUAUGUCCUCAUCGAAACAAUGCAAAUCGUGCAGUUAUGUGCCGUCCUAAUAGGCGAAUAUACGGACGAACAUAUCUAGUAAAUCUAAUAUAUCCCAAUGGUGGCUUCAUCCGUAUCAGGUUUCAUGAACCUCGAGUAAUGCUUCAGAUUCCUGCUGAUUUAGACCAGUGCUCACCGGAAGAAAAACAGAAGCGUUUCCUGAGACGUCAUCCUCGAUCAAAGCUAAGUUUGCAAGAACACCUAGAAGACACUUUUGAUGAAGAAUCCUACAGUUUCCUCCUAAAAAAGUAGUUUUCCUGACCUUUUGUACAAAAAUCAAUUUCAGUAAUAAAAAUAUUUUGACUUUUUUCCUAAUUCAGUCCGAA